CUUGCCCAGGCGCGGCCCUGGGCAGCUCGCGUGGGAGGGGCCGUCCCGCUCCCGCCCCGCACCUCGGGCCCCGCCGCUUCCGCUCUGCCCGGGCGGCCUGGACGCGCAGCCCCGCUCCCCCGCAGCCGCUCCCUCCCUGUCCCUUGCUCCCCAGGAGGCCCCGCGCUGCGGCCCACACCCUGGACAGAUGAGGCCAUGACGCCACACCUGGACCUGGGCCAGGGUCUCAGAGAAGCAUGGACUGAGUCCAGCCGGCCCAGGCUGUGCAGAUGGGGACACUUGGGCCCGGGGAAGCGGAGUGGCCCAGCUGUGGCCGCCCCGGCAGACCCAUCCAGAACCUUCUGCUCCUGCUGGGGGCCCUCCUGAGCUGCGACUUGGGGGGCGGAGCUCAGGGUCCGGGGGAGUGGACCUUGUGGGGGUCCUGGAGCCGCUGUUCCAGCUCCUGCGGGCGGGGCGUCUCGGUGCGCAGCCGCCGCUGCAUCCGGCUUCCCGGGGAGGACCCGUGCUGGGGGGACACCCACGGAUACCGCCUCUGCCAGCUUCCCGACUGCCCGCCGGGCGCCGUGCCUUUCCGAGACCUGCAGUGUGCGCUCUACAAUGGCCGCCCUGUGCUGGGCGCCCCCCAGACGUACCAGUGGGUGCCCUUCCUCGGGGCGCCCAACCAGUGCGACCUCAACUGCCUGGCGGAAGGGCACGGCUUCUACCGCAGCUUCGGCCGCGUCCUGGACGGCACCCCCUGCGGCCCGGCCGCCCAGGACCUCUGCGUGGCCGGCCGCUGCCUCAGCGCCGGCUGUGACGGGCUGCUGGGCUCGGGCGCCCUAGAGGACCGCUGCGGCCGCUGCGGGGGCGCCGACGACUCGUGCCUGUGCCUUCGCCGGGUACUGGAACGUGACCCUGAUCCCUGCGGGCGCAAGACACGUCCGCGUGGCGCACCGCAGCCGCAACCGCCUGGCGCUCGUGGGCGCCGACGGGCGCUACGUGCUCAACGGGGACCGCGCCGACGCGCCCGGGACCUACGAGGCGGCCGGCACCCGCGUGGUCUACACUCGCGCCGCGGGGCCCGAGGAGACGCUGCGCGCCGUCGGGCCCACGACGCAGGACCUGCUCCUGCAGGUCCUCCUGCGGGAGCCCAACCCGGGCAUCGAGUUGGAGUUUUGGCUCCCCCAGGAGCGCUACGGCCCCUUCCAGGCGCGGGCGCAGGCGCUGGGCUGGUCCCUGCGGCAGCCACAGCCGCGGGAGGUGGAGCCUCCGCCCCGCGAGCCCCCCGGCCCCGCGUGGACCCCGGCCCCCGCCCCAGAGCCCUGCCCGCCCUGCCCGGACACCCGUGGGCGCGCCCACCGGCUGCUCCACUACUGCGGCAGCGACUUUGUGUUCCAGGCCCGCGUGCUGGGCCGCCGGCGCCACGCCCAGGAGACGCGCUACGAGGUGCGGGUCCAGUUGGUCUACAAGAGCCGCGGGCCGCUGCGGGGCCGCGAGUACGUGUGGGCGCCGGGCCGCUGCCCCUGCCCGCCGCUGGCCGCCCGCCGGGAGUACCUGCUGGCCGUGCGGCGCCUCGUCAGCCCCGACGGCGCCCAGGACCGGCUGCUGCUGCCGCGGGCCGGCUACGCGCGGCCCUGGAGCCCCGCGGAGGACAGCCGAGCGCGCCUGGCCGCACGCCACUGCCCGGCCUGACGCGCGGGGUGGGCCCGCGCCGCUGCCCGCGCCGCCCCCGCGUCUUCGCGCUUGGAAGUCGGCCUCACUCCCCCCCAAAGACGAACUCGCACCGUGGCUGUGGGUCUUCUUCCUGCGCAGCCCCUGCCGCUGACACGCACACGCGUGGGCGGGACCGUGACACACACGCGUGUGCGGGGACUCCAUCACACGUGCACACACGUGUGCACAUGCAUGCAGGAACACCACACACAUGCACACACGUGUGCAGGGACGCUGUCACUGCCACUCCUCCCACACGCGCCGCCCCCGGAAGCCCCCCUGGAGCGCUGGGCCUGGUGUCCCCGCCGUCAGCCCCUCCGCUCGCUCGCCCUUCCGGCCCGGUUCGUUUUCACCACCGCGUUCCUUAAAAGAACCAGGGCACCCGGC